GAAGGUCUUUCAAAGCUAAAAUAGAACCAUUCAAGUUUUUGAUUUGUUUCUCCAAUAAGCAUUACCUAAGCAUAUUCCACGCCUAAUUAUGUUUUUCCGUAAGCAUGCCCCACCCCAGGCAAAUCUUAAUAUUCAAUUGCUGAUAAAAAACAAGUAAGUAUUUUGCCUGUUAUUCAAUUUUUUUCAGGAAGACGUGUUUGCACGUUUUAGUAGGCAGUAAUAAAAUAAUUCUAGUAGCAUGGUGGCAGAAAUAGAGAAGAUUGAACUCAACUCAGUGCGCAUUAAUGCUCUAUUAAAAUUGCUAUUAUUUCGGCAUCCCUUUGAUAUACAUGCGCGAUGUGCAUUUCACUGGAUUUUUUCAAAAAAUAAUUACGUAAUCCUUGAGCAGGCCGUUUGUUUAUAUGUAGAAAAACAUGAUUUUUAGACAAGGCAAGACUAUUCUAGAGUUGCCAUAACUUUUAAUUAUCUUCGAUAUUUAAGAAAUCAGCUUUUUAACCAGUUUUUUAACUUUCCAUGGUAGUAGUAAUUACGCGUCGCAGAGCGCAAUUUGCGAAUAAAAUUUUUAAAAAGUAGUUUGAGCCAAACAUUUUUCUCAUGUAGUUAAAAGUUGUAAAUUGGUUUAAAAGAUAUAAUGAAAAGCCCUUGCAGGCUAAAAGUAUCCAAUAUGGAAUAAAACUAUAAGUCAAAAUGCAACAAAGAAAAUCUUUAAAGCUUACGGCGUUCUUCAAAACAACUUUAUUCCAGCCAAUUCAUAACAUGUUUAGAAUAUAGAAAAACAUUAUUAUUAAGCAUAAUUUGCAUCAUUACUCACAUUAUGUGCUUAAGUUUUUUUUCUGUUUACAUCACCUUCGCUGGUCGUGGCCGCCAUUGCUGGAUGAACUUCAGUAUCGGAUAUAUAACCCAGCUCUGACGUCAUUAGGUAUCACUAUAGAAGUAAACCCCCGUCGGAGUAUAUCUUGCGCGCUUAUGAUUUGUUGUAUCAAAAUAAAUCUUGUUAGUUUCGAAUAAGAAAAUGUCGUACUGCGCAUUUCCAAAAUGUAAUAAUAAUAAAAAGAAAAAUGAAAAAAAGAAUUCUUUUUUUCAUUUACCCACGGACAAGAAUACGCGAGCGAUAUGGAUAAGAAUAUUGAAAUCCAAGAGAAAAGAUGCUAUACCAAAAGAUCCUAUCGUUUUUGAUGAACAUUUCGCUGAAGAAUGUUUCGAUCAACGUGCGGAACUCAAGCGAAAGUAUAUGCCACCAGGAGAGAAGAGAAUGAAGCAACGGAAACUAGUUCCCGGAUCAGUUCCAAGUAUCUUCAAGUGCAUAAGUGAGCCUGCCAAAGUCGUAGAAAGACCGGGCGCAGCUAAGAUGAAUAGACGCAGGUUAGUUGAAGAAGUGGAAUGUUCAACUUCCAGUGUCACGGAAGAAGAAUUGUCGGAACCCCUUGAACUAGUUCCAGUUGUGAAAGAUCAACUGACACGAACAGUAGCAACGCAGACCGACUUUACUGUUUUGAAAAAAAAUAAGUCUGUGUAUGCAUGUUUGAAACAAAAGCGGAAACACAUGAAAGUACAAGUGGAUUGUGGACCAAAAAGUUGCUAUUCUUGUAGUAAAAUGUCUACAUUGGUAAUUUCGUCAACUGAAGAAUACGACGAUACCAGCGAUAGCGGUUCAGAGAACGAUGGCGAGUAUGAUAUAUCAGACGCAGAAGACGAUAUUGAUGAAGAUGAAGAGCUGUCCGUAGAUAAGCAUCUUUUAGUAAAUUCAAAGGAUCUUGUAGGCUUGACAAGCACCCCGUUACCCGCGACACAUAUCCCCGUGACUAUGGAAGCGACAACACGGUUGGACGAUACUAUGAAUUCAAGCUACAAUGACGAGUGGUUGGAGAAGGAAGCUAAGCGUAUGCAAGCCAAUGAUCCAGAUUAUACUCCUACAGAAGAACUUGGCCCACUCAAAUUAGUUCUUCCAACACGUUGCCCAUUGGAUCAACAAGUUUAUCUUGUAUUUGAAGACAACCUGGAGAAGCUUUUCAAAUAUUGUAUGAAAUGUGGCAGUCCGGUCUCUAUUAUUGACAAAAGGUCGUUUCAGGGAACGAAAGUGACAUUUUUCAUGACUUGUUUAUCCAGAUGCGAAACGAGAUGGGAUUCUCAACCAAAGUGUAGCGGUACAAGAGGUGUUGGAAAUUUAUUGAUAACGGCUGCUGGAGAGAUGUCUGGAAUUUCAUACCCAAAACUGAAAAGAUUUGCAUACCUACUAAACAUGCCAUUCAUCGAAAAAACAACUUAUUUCAGACUUUGAGGCAAUUACAUCUUUCCCGAAAUACAAGAAGCGUGGUCACGUCAACAGGCAGAGUUACUCGAAGAGAUAAAAGAAAAGGAACCGCUAGAACUUGCAAUGUAUGGACAAUGUGACAGUCCAGGACACAACGCAACUUACUGC